AAAUCUCACUAUCGAUCGUCGACAACGAUUUUGAGUCUUUCUCCGAAGUCGCCGGAAUCGUAUUCGCCGAGCCAAGUGUCGCAUAGAAACUGUCAUCUCCGGCGAGAGACUGAUCUCUGGGAUUGUUUCAGGACUCUUAGGAUGCUCGAUUUACACUACAAAGAAUGCUACUUUCUCAUCUGUCUUCUCGUCUUCAUAAAUUUUGUGCCUUGUUACAGCGAUGAGAGACUGUUUGAUGGAAAAAUUUUAUAUGCUGGGAAGGAACUAUGGAAGGAGACUCUGCCAUUGAAAUCUGGAUCUCGAGUUUACAAAUUACAAGAGCUGAAGUCAAAUUCUUGGUAUGAAGUCAAGAUAUCGUACCCAGCUUCUAUACCGGCUUUGUUUACGCUGCAACUACUAAAGAACGGUGUAAUGGGUUUGAAGCUUAACCAUAUGAGGAGAUUGCUAAACACUGAGAAGUUGAUCUUCAAAACGGAAAGUCUUGAAGAAGUUGAUAACGAGGACGGAUUGUAUGUUUUGGUGACUGUGGAACCUGAAGGAAUCGUGGCUAUACCAAAUUCCAAAGAACGGGCGUCUAUCAUUUAUAACAUAGUUUGUGAAGAACAGCUCUUAGGCAUCCCUUACUCAAGCUGGUCAGUGGUGGUUUUAGUAGUGUUGUGUCUGGUGGUCGCGUUGAUUCUUCCCCGGUUUCUCCCAUCUUAUCUUCUAAUCAAAGAUGUAGAUCGUGAUCGUUAAGAAGAAGCAUGGGCCAUUUCGAUGCAAAAUAGAGCAAAGAGGAGUAAAUAAGUCUACAUGUUUUCGAGUGAUUUGUAUUGUAUAUAUAUAGUUAGUACUUAGUAGUAGAUCGAUGGUCUAUUAACGCUUAUCCAUUUGCGUUUCUAUCCAAACAUUCCACAAGAUGAAUGUACACCGUAUUAUUAUC